UGGAAAGCGACGAAGAGAAGUACGCGGAAUCGAUCGAGCUGGUCUCGAUCGAGGAAGCUGAGAGGCAGAGCUUUCUCCACCACGUUGAAGGUGAGGAUGACCUCCCAAGUGGUGGUGAUGUUGAGGCGGAAUCCGCCAUCAACGACGAAGAUGACGAUUUGCCAGCAUCUUCUCCGCCUUCUGCCACUGCGGCUGCCCCGAAGAACGCCCGCAAACCGAAGCGUGCCCACCGCAACCGCCCUCGCCCAAGUGGCGCGGCGGUCGAGGAGCAUGAUGACGAAGAGUGGGGCGAAGAGGAGGAUGACGAAGGCGGCCUCACCCUUGAAGACCACGCUCAAAUGGUUCGUGGGCGCGUUCAACUGCGACGCUGUCCCUGGUCCCUUGGUGCUGGCCAUUCUGAAGCCGGUGGCGGUGACCAUGAUGCUGGUCAUCUGGGUGGUAAAGACCAUCACCAUCCCCUACAACCAAAACUUUUCCCCCGUGUACAUGGUCUACAAGGAAGUGGCGUCUGACGACACCUCGACGAAGCUCCUCGGCGCACUCCUCAAUGCGCUGGUGUUCGUGGUGGUCAUCGUCAUCGUCACAGUGAUAUUCGUCAUUCUCUACAAGUACCGAUGCCUCAAAUACAUGUGGAAGGCGUACAACCUCCCGAUGGACUGGGUCACGUUCGUGUUCAUGAUGUGGAACUUCACAGGCGCGGGCGUCAUCUCCAUCUUCUGGUAUGCCCCGCAGCGCUGGAACCAGGCCUACCUGGUCCUCAUCUCCGCGUUCAUGGCCAUCUUCUUCACCCGCCUGCCCGAGUGGACCACCUGGACCAUCCUCGCCGCCAUUGCGCUCUACGACGUGUUUGCUGUCCUGUGCCCGCGUGGACCGCUUCGCGUGUUGGUCGAGACGGCACAGCAGCGCCAGGAACCCAUCCCAGCUCUACUCUACAACGGCUUCGUGGUCCCGUUGAUGAUCAACACGCUGAACAUGAUGGGCAGCAGCGACCGAGGCGAAGGCCUGAUGGAGGAAGACAAGAGACCUCAAUCGGUCAAGCUGGGCUUGGGCGACUUUGUGUUCUACAGCGUGCUUGUCGGACGCGCCGCCAUGUUCAACUGGCUCACCGUCUUCACGUGCUUCAUCGCCAUCAUCACCGGCCUGUUCUGGACGUUGCUGCUGCUGGCGGUCUUUAGGAAGGCGCUCCCGGCUCUGCCCUUCUCCAUCGCGUUGGGGAUCUUCUUCUUCUUCCUCAGCAAGGUCUUCCUCCUCCCCUUCGUCCUUGCUCUGGGCAGCUCCGCCGUCUUCGUGUAA